CAACGCAUUUACCUUGACCCCGUUCAGUGAAAUCUGGUCGUCGUCCUCUGAAGAUGUGGUGACGAUCAGCGAGUGAUUAGAGAAGAGAGUAGGUAUCGUGGUGCCGGAAGGGAGGGAUUUGAGUGUUUUUAGAUGGAGGAGAACGGGAGAGAAGUGGAAGUGGAGAAGAGCGAGGGAAGGCUGACCAGAUCGUACAUAGGCAGUGUCGGUCGGAGAGAAGAUCGUAAGGGAAGGCGUCCGUGGAAUUUUAGUGAGUACAUUGAUUUCAAGAUUUUAAGAGUAAACAAGGCACUCGAUGAGGCCAUACCCUUGCAACACCCGAUAAAGAUUCGCGAGGCGAUGAGAUACGCCCUCCUUGGAGGAGGAAAGCGACUUCGUCCUAUCUUGUGCAUUGCUUCAUGUGAAUUAGUAGGUGGAGAUGAAGCAUCGGCAAUGCCAAUGGCGUGUGCAUUGGAGAUUAUUCACACUACAUCGUUGAUUCAUGAUGAUCUUCCCUGUAUGGAUAACGAUGAUCUUAGGCGGAGCAAGCCUACAACCCACAAAGUGUUUGGUGAAAACGUUGCAAUGCUAGCUGCUACUGCCCUAUUUUCAUUUGCCUUUGAACACAUCGCGGCAAAGUCCACAAAUGUUCCUCCUGAGUGCGUGGUUCGAGCCAUCGCUGAGCUAGGCUCAGCCAUUGGAUCAGAGGGGCUCGUGGCGGGGCAGUUUAUGGAUAUUGAGAGUGAAGGGAAAGAUGUUACUUUAAAGGAAUUAGAGUAUAUUCAUUUACACAAAACGGCGAAACUCUUAGAGGCUUCUCUUGUUUGUGGAGCAAUAAUUGGAGGGGGGAGUGUACACGAUGUGGAUAGACUUAGAAAGUAUGCAAGGGUUAUAGGGUUAUUAUUUCAAGUGGUGGACGAUAUUUUGGAUGUGACAAAGUCUACGGAGGAGCUGGGGAAGACUGCCGGAAAGGAUUUGGCGAGCAAUAAGGCUACUUAUCCGAGGGUGAUGGGUGUUGAGAGAUCGAAGAAAUUUGCAAAUGAGUUGGUGGAACAAGCCAUUGGAGAGAUUUCACAUUUUGAUCCUGUCAAGGCUGCUCCAUUGUACAAUUUAGUUUAUUACAUAUCUAAUCGACAAAACUAG